CUCAAUGCGUCCUGGCCAAAGGCACUUCGAAUUUGUCCGAAACCAUGGCGUUAUCAGAGUGCUGAAACUCUGGACACUGGCCUUGUAAAGGCCGUAUACAACACUUAUGGUGGAGGUGGCUACGUAGCCGUCCUGGGAUAUGACGAGAAAACGGCAAAUCGUGUCUUAAGUGAGACUUUUGGCAGCGGCUGGCUUGAUCGAAAAACUCGUGCUGUAGUCUUGGAAUUUGCGACGUUCAACAUCAAUACGAACCUUAUCAGCAUUGUCACGUUUAUCUACGAGAUGAUUGCGGCUGGUGCAGCCUACUCUGUGACUAGGGUAGACACCCUCGAGUUGUACAGUACGGAAUCAGGAGCUCUUAUGUUUUAUCUCAUUUGUCAGUUUUUAUUUUUGGCAAUGGUAUUAUUCUACUUUAUCAUGAUGCUGUAUCACUUUUAUCGACAACGGUUGGGGUUUUUCAAGUCUGUCUGGAACAUGGUUGAUUUCUUGAUGAUCAUCUCUUCUACAACGUCCGUGGCGUGCUACAUGAUGAGAUCCAAGAAAAUAUUAAACAGCAUCGAUGCAAUUAAAAAAAAUCCUUUCGAAGUAUUUCAUUUUCAUUCUGCUCUAAACUGGGCCAGCUGGGAAAACGCUUCUAUUGCUCUUGCAAUUUUUAUGGUUACAGUGAAGCUCUUAAAUCUGAUUCGUUUUAAUCCUUAUGUCAUAUAUUUGUUUUCAUCUUUCCGUCGGUCUAUAGGCUACCAACUUUCCUAUUUGGUUUUCUUUGUCAUAGUAUUUAACGCUUUUGUCAUAUCAGGAAUGCAGCUUUUUGGAGGAGUAGUUUAUCAUUAUUCUAGUUAUCUGCAGGCUGUCAUUUCACAAUUAGAAUUUCUGUUGGGAAAAGCAGUACCAAUUGCUGAUCUUCGCAAAGAUAAACCUUUCAUUGGUCCAACUUUUGUUCUCCUGUUCAUGUUAAUGAUGACCAUAUUUCUUAUGAAUAUGUUGGUAUCUGUCCUAAACGAGUCUUACACUGACGCCAGGGAAAACGCAGAAGAAAGUGCAGAAGAGCUUGAAAUGGCGCGUUUUAUUGGGGAACGUUUCAUAGACUUAUUCCAAGAGGGUAAAAGGCGACCUGAAUUUAAACUAUUUUGUGACGACGCAACUUUUGUGAAUAUGUGUCGUUCAGACGCAGAACCAUUCUGUUUGAAUUCUCAAAGUCUCCUUCAGUGCACGGAGGAACGAUUAGGAACAUUAGAUAAAAGAAUAAGCGCGCUUAUUAGACGCACAGAGAACAUCGAUGGGGAUGAACUAAACGAGGAUAAAGAGUUUAUUUCUCUCUUCGACUCAAUGGUUAAUGCUCAUUAA